CCCUGUUGGUAGAACAAUGCAAGAUGUUGAUGUGGCAACUUGGACCGGUGUGCACCAUGGACCCCAAGCUUUAGGGGAGUCGGGAAGUUUUGAAGGUGUCGGCGGCAAAUGAUUCGAGGUGUGGGACAGAAAACAGAAGACAGUCCUUGCUGUGGUGCCAAGCAGUUGGUAUCUGCUGACUGAGCCUUUUAUCCACGUUCAUACAGUGGUUUUAUCCUGGGUCCUACAGACCGGCUUUUGCUGAACCAGAGCCAUGGAUGUGGCCCUGGUAGACUUUGGGAGCCUGGAUGACCUUGAAGUCGGCCUUGAUGAUGAGGUGGACUCUGAUGCUGAUGAGACCACAGCGCUUACUGUGGACGUACCCCCAGAGCACAACAUCCCAGGCGAAAACUACCUUCUGCGUACACCGCAAUUUUACGCCCCGCCAUCCCACCCGAGUCCUGUUCCCUCAUGUAUGUGGGAUUCCACCUCGUCGACACCCCUCCCAUUUAUACAGACACUGGAAGUACUCCAUUCCCCAAUGCUAAGUCCGAGCUUAGAGGGAAGAAGUAGUCGUGCCAGUAUGAUCUCCAAUUGGAAGUUGCUGCUAAACAGUGAGGGCACCAAGGAAAGUGAGACCAUCUUCAGCCAACUUGCUAAGGAGUGCUGUGAGGACCUUUUUGUCGAUAAAAGAGGGCUGGACGACGGAGACCAGAAAGUUAUUAUUAACAUUGCCGGUCUUCGCUUUGAGACACAGCUAAAAACAUUAGACCAGUUUCCUGAUACGCUUCUUGGAGACCCUCAGAAGAGAAUGGACUACUUUGAUCCAAUGAGGAACGAGUAUUUCUUUGAUCGGAACCGACCCAGUUUUGAUGGGAUCUUGUAUUACUACCAGUCCGGGGGUAAGGUCAGACGUCCUGCAAAUGUGCCUCUGGAUGUAUUUACAGAUGAAAUCAUAUUUUAUGAGCUUGGAAAUGAAGCCAUGGAGCAGUUUAGGGAAGAAGAAGGAUUCAUUAAGGAUGUUGAUAUCCCACUGCCUAAUAAUGAUAUCUAUAGACAAUUUUGGCUGUUGUUUGAGUAUCCAGAAAGCUCCAAUGCAGCCCGGGGUGUUGCAUUGGUCUCCGUACUAGUUAUAGUUAUAUCCAUCAUUAUUUUCUGCGUGGAAACACUGCCAGAAUUCAGAGAUGACACUGACGUUGUCGUGUCCACGGCUACAAAGCCAGUCAACCUAUCCAGAGCUUACACUUCUAUGACGACGCCUAGUUUCUUACCCACUAUUUUCUCGGACCCAUUCUUCAUUAUUGAGACUGCCUGCAUUGCCUGGUUCUUCUUUGAACUACUUAUAAGAUUUUUGGUCUGUCCAAGCAAAAGAGAUUUUUUCCACAAUCUCAUGAACAUUAUUGAUAUCAUAUCCAUCAUUCCGUAUUUUGUCACUGUGGUGACAGAACUGGUCACAAAGACAGAAGAGAGUUCUGGACAGAAUAUGUCGUUGGCCAUUCUACGGAUUAUCCGUCUGGUCAGAGUCUUUCGUAUUUUUAAACUCUCGCGCCACUCCAAGGGUUUGCAGAUUCUGGGACAGACCCUCAAGGCUAGCAUGCGUGAACUUGGCUUACUCAUCUUCUUCCUCUUUAUUGGAGUCAUCCUUUUCUCCAGCGCUAUAUACUUUGCUGAAGUAGAUGAGCCUAACACACAGUUUGUCAGCAUACCGGAUGGAUUUUGGUGGGCAGUGGUAACUAUGACUACUGUAGGCUACGGAGACAUGUGCCCUAUCACCCUGGGGGGUAAAAUGGUCGGCACCUUGUGCGCCAUUGCUGGCGUACUGACCAUCGCUCUACCUGUUCCUGUAAUUGUCUCCAAUUUCAACUAUUUUUAUCACAGAGAGAAUGAAGCAGAAGACAAGCUGUCCUUGACAGAUGCUGUUGAGGACGCCAUGAGGGCUCAAAUGGGUACAAAACAAGGGAGUAACAAUUCACUCAAUAAGGUCAAUGGUAUCUGACAGAGCAAAAACAGGGAAAUGUAUUGGAUUUUUGUUUUGACUGUCUUGUUUUUGGCGAUUUGAUUUGUAUCACAAAGUGUAAAAAAUCAUCAACAGAUAUCAAUUAAAUUGUGGACACUACAUUUACCUAUUUUUACCAGAUAAAAGUUGUGUAAAAUGCCAUGUUACAUAUCACAUUUUAGGUUACAAGACUCUUCUCAAUGUUUUCCCUGCCUGAGUCGUAUGAACAAUUUCACUACAUGUUGGGCUGCUGGGUUGUUUGAAAGCACUUUAGUUAGUUCGAUUUAAAUAUUAUUGUUUGUGAUAAAAAUCAUGAAAUAUGCAUACAGUGAAAAGGAAAAACUAGAACCCAUUUACUGGUUUUCCUACCAUAAACACUUAUUUUAACUUAACAGUUUUUUGGAAAAGCAAUAAACUAACCCUCGUCAUUUUUAAGCCUUCUCACUGUUCUGACAAUGAAAUUACAGCAACAUUGAGUUAAUUUGUAUAUACAGUAUUUAUAUAGUUUAUAUCAAGGUAUGCAUUGUCCCUAGAAACUUUUAAGAGUUCAGGGUUUUGAAUAUAAUUCAAAGUAAUCCCCAAAUAAGGUUAACACAUUUAGGUUUAAACCUUAUUAUUUGAGACUCUGUGAUGUUUGGUCUGUAUGUACAUGUACACAAACUACAAUUUAAAAAAAUAAAAAUAAAAAAAUUAGUACCUAGCGUUUUUUUAUCAUCUUUUUUAUCACCUUUACAAUCCUGUCUCUCAUAAUGAUUGUAAAUGUUGGGCAAAAUUCCAAAAAAAUUUACAAUUCCCAUUUAUCUGCAGGGCAGCACAAUGAUGGUGUGGUUUGCACCUCCUCCCACAGUCCAAAAACAUGCAGGUUGUCUUUGUUGUCCAAAGAUGUGAACAUGAGUGUGAUUUUUUAAUUUUUUUGUCUGCUCUUUGAUGAAAGGCCAACCAGUCCAUGCCUUUUGCCCAUAGACAGCUGAAAUAGGCUCCAGCUCGCCAAUGCAUAUAAACAGAAGCAAAAAUUAAUGAAUGGAUUAUGAUAAAAGUAAUUAUACUGAACACAUUUUUAAAUGCAACACUUUUGUUUUUGCUCCCAUUUUUCAUGAGUUGAACUCAGAGCUAACACUUUGACUAUA